GCCAGAUACCACCGGGUGAUCCGCGCGUUGGCAUCCUUCAUGCAGUGGAGCCACUGCAGGGGGGCAUGGUCCGAACAGAAGGUGAAUGAGCGUCCCAGGAGGUAGUACCGCAGGGUGCCGACCACCCACCGGAUAGCCAGACACUCCUUUUCUACCGUACUAUAUCGGGACUCUCUCUCGGUCAGCUUCCGGCUGAUGUACAGUAUGGGGCGAUCGACCCCCUGCACCUCCUGUGACAAAACGGCCCCCAGCCCCCUGUUCGAAGCAUCAGGCUGUAGGGUGAAAGGAAGUGACUUAGGUGUGUGGAGAAGUGGCUCCCCACAGAGGGCUUGUUUCACCCUCUCAAAUGCCUGCUGGCACUGACCCGUCCACUGGACCAAAUCUGAGGCACCUUUUCGGGUCAGGUCGGUCAGGGGGCUGGUCAGGUCUGCAAAGUCAGGUAUAAACCGUCUGUAGUAGCCAGCCAACCCCAAGAACCGCCUCACCUCUUUUUUGGUCUUGGGCCUUGCGCAGGCUGCAAUCGUUCCUGUCUUGUCUACCUGAGGACGCACCUGCCCGCAGCCCAAGUGGUACCCCAGAUACCGUACCUCCCUCCGUCCAACUGCACACUUCUUUGGGUUAGCCGUGAGCCCCGCCUGCCUCAGGGAUUUGAGCACGGCCCCCACCUGCCACAUAUGCUGUUCCCAGCUGUCACUGUGGAUGAUAACAUCGUCUAAGUAAGCAGCUGCAUAUGCAGCAUGGGGACGUAGCACCCGAUCCAUGAGACGUUGAAAGAUGGCUGGGGCACCGGACAGCCCAAAGGGAAGUGUCACAAAUUGGUACAACCCGUACGAAGUGGAGAAGGCCGUUUUUUCCCUGGACUCGGGAGACAAGGGAAUCUGCCAAUAGCCCUUGGUCAGAUCCAGUGUCGUGAAAAAACGGGCCAUGCCUAUCCGAUCCAGGAGUUCGUUGACCCAGGGCAUCGGGUAGGCAUCGAACUGUGACACAUCAUUCACCUUGCGGUAGUCCACGCAGAACCGUAUACCCCCAUCCUUCUUGGCGACCAGAACAAUGGGGCUACACCAGGCACUGUUGGACUCUUCUAUUACUCCCAUCUCCAGCAUGGCCUUUAAUUCAUCCUGAACCACUCUUUUCUUGUGUUCAGGUAACCGAUAGGGUCGUGAACGCACCGUCACGCCCGGGCGAGUGUUAAUGUGAUGCUGUACGAGGUUGGUGCGCCCUGGCAGGGGGGAGAACAUAUCAGCGAAACACUGCUGCAACGAGGCAACGUCUGCUCUCUGGGACGGUGAGAGAUGGUUAUCACAAAGGAGGGAGGCAGGAUUGGUGGAAUUUUGUUCCUCAGGCCCCAACUCAUCUCUCUCAUUCACCGUAGUCACCAGAGAAACAGGAACCGCCUCUCUCCAUGCUUUUAGGAGGUUGAGGUGGUAGACCUGUGUUGCCUCUCUCCUGUCAGCACGCUUCACCUCAUAAUCAACUUCGCCCACUUGCUGUGUGACCACAAAGGGUCCUUGCCGUGAUCGAGAGCUCACGUAGUAAGGAGGUCUUGUAAGGUAGUUACAUGUAUCCCUCAAGGUAGUUAAGGGAUAUGAAAUGUAGAAAAGUUGCAGUUUCCUAAUAUUUUUUUGAAAAAGCCUAAUAGAACAGUCCUGUAAUAAAUCCUCCCUUCAUGAAGGUUAUAAUACUCAGUUAUUGUUGAAACUGCUUUAGAGAGCUUUAACAUAACAGAAACAUCUCUGUAACACAAUACAGUUCCAAAAUUAUCAUGAAGUUGAAUCAACACCUCUCUAAAGCAGUUUCGAGUAUUAUAACCUUCAUGAAGGAGGAUUUAUUACAGGACUGUUGUAUUAGGCUGCAUCAGUUUUAGCUUAGUGUACCUAAUAAACUGGCAACUGGGUCUAGGUUACACUUUGUAUUGGUGCUAUAAUCCAAGACAUCUAGUUGGCAAACAGCUGGUUAAACUAAAUUGUUCGGUUUGUACAGGCAGUGGAAUGAUUAGUUCAUUUCCAACGUUAUCAAUUAAGUCUUUGUUAAGGGUUGUAUGAGGCUCAGCUUUUAGUAACUUAAUUAUUGUUUAAAUUCACCAUCCUGUUAUUCAUGAAUCUGUCUGUUAAUAAUGAUGUCCGUGUUCUUUUUUAAUUUCAGAAUGUCAAAAUGCAAGUACAAAUUGUACUUAGAGCCUAACAGCACAAUUAAAUUACCCCGUGCAAGACUGAAAAGAGGACAUUUGGAUGCCUUGCCCUUCACAGAUGACUGCAAAGAUCAAAUCAGUUCAGGUUCACACACUGCAGAUGUUGAGCAUGUCCAUCUGGCCGCCUUGAUCUUCAGUUGGAUCCAGAUGACACGGCUUUGGCUUUCACUGGUGACCACAGAGAUCAAGGGGACAGAAUGAGUCCACACCUGAGCACCGCAGAUGUUGAGACCAUGUCUCCAUCUGGCCACUUUGAGCUUACGCAUCAAUCGGAUCCAGAUGACACGACUGACCAGGUACUGCCUCUUACUGCCAACUGCAGAGAAAAUGACAGUGAAGUCAGACCAGGUUCAAGCUGCGCAAAUGUUGAGCGCAUGUCUUCAUCUGGUCACUUUCUCCUUACAUCUGAGCUGCAACCAAGUGACAUGGCCCUGCAGUUUGGUUGUGAUUCAUCAUCUGAAAGCAGUGUUUCUGGAGUUGAUUCAGAAAAUGAAGAUCUUCCAGAAGAUGAUCCAUUCACAGAUGGUUUUGAAACAGACAUGGAUUCAAUACUAAUGUCAGCAGGUACAAUGACAAAGGCUGAGACACUGCUCAUGGUAAUGAGUCAUCCAGCAAGGCAUAAUAUAACAGGAACACAACUUGAUGAUUUGUUAAAGCUCAUAAAUACUCUGUUUGUAAAGAGAUGUUACCCAGAUCAAAAUAUUUGUUCAACAAGGUCUUUAAAAACAACUCAGACAUAGUGGAGUUCCAUUUCUACUGCAAAACCUGUAAAAUAUACAUUGGCACGCAAGAUGACAUAAAAGACAAAAACAUUGCACUGUGUGCAAUCUGUAGUGCUCCCAUUGUUCAGUUCCUUGAACAGUGCAAGCUUUUUUAUCAACAUACCAAUUGUACCUCAAAUUCAGGCGCUGCUUGAAAAUCCUCAGAUUCAAAACAGCAUGAGCUACACACACCAAAGGCCACAGAAUGAACAUGUCAUAUCUGACAUAUAUGACGGUGAAAAGUAUCAAAACUUGUCAAAACCAGGUGGAAUUCUGUCAGAUCCAAGCAAUUUGUCAUUUAAUUUCAAUUCUGACGGCUCACCUAUGUACAAGUCUUCCAGAUUUUCAAUAUGGCCCAUACAGCUGCAUUUAAACGAGCUCCCUCCCAAAAUGAGAUUCCAGGAUGCAGUACUUGCAGGUCUUUGGUUUGGUGCUCAAGAGCCAGUCAUGUCCAUUUUUCUCAGACCCUUUGUUGAUCAGGCCAAAACACUGGCAUCCAAAGGUGUGUCUUGGAGAAAAAAUGGAACUUGUGUGAACAGCAAAAUUGUUGGACUAUGUUGUGGUGUAGACUCAAAGGCAAGACCAGCCAUGCAAAACACCACACAGUUUAAUGGGUACUUUGGUUGUGGCUUCUAUUUACAUCCUGGUACUCUAGUAGAGAAACAGGUGAAGUACACUGCCACAGAAUAUCCUGACAGAGAGGCGAAGAAAAUGCUGGCAGAUAUGGAGCGAGCAGUAGCACAAAACAGAAGUGUCAGAGGAGUGAAAGGUCCAUCACCACUCAUAAACAUGCCUUACUUUGAUAUAGUGUGGGGCUUUGUUCCAGACUAUAUGCAUGCUGUCUUACUUGGUGUCAUUAGACAGCUCACAGAGCUUCUUUUGAACAAUAAUGAUCAACCCUACUACAUUGGGAGUCCCAACACUAUGAGGGUGCUAGAAAACAGGAUCAAGGACAUAACGCCACCACACCUGAUAACAACACUACCCAGACCCCUUGCAGAGUUCAAGUACUGGAAAGCCUCAGAGUGGCGAGCAUGGCUCCUGUUUUACAGCUUGCCAGUCCCGAAUGCUGUACUUCAACCAUGCUAUGUGAGGCACCUAGGCCUUCUGGUGUCAGCAGUAUUUCUACUUUUGAAAGAGAACAUCACCUUCCAAGACAUCAACAAAGCAGAUAACAUGCCGCUUGAGUUUGUGGCAAGGUUUCAGUUACUGUAUGGGGAAGCAUCUAUGACAUUUAAUGUACACCUGCUAAUUCACCUUGCAAAGUCAGUGAAAUUGUGGGGGCCACUCUGGGCACACUCAGCAUUUGUGUUUGAAAGUGCAAAUGGUGGUCUGUUGAAACUGGUUCAUGGAACAAAGUGUGUAGCUCUGCAGAUUGUGAAUAAAUUCCUGUUGCACAGAGCAAUACCACUCUUCACCACAAGGUAUGCAGUUAGUUAGUUGCAGUUAGCAAGUUAAGGAGUUCUGUUUGGAAUUGACAACUGACUGAAGAGUAAAGAGUUUCACAAAAUGUCAAGACUCAACUGUUCUGGAUAAUGGCAGGGUGACAGAGACUACUGAUGAUGUGAAAAGUGCCUUAAUUUCUGCACAAAGACACGCACCAGAUGAAAUAGUAGUGCACAGGAGAAUGGUGCAUAAAGGACAAAAGCUAUGACCUGUUUUGCAAAGCUGAGUGAUGGUGUUUAUGGGGAAAUUCAGUAUAUCAUAUCCUUUCCUUCAGAAGGGGGUACAGAAAUUGCUGUACUUUUCAAAAAAUCUCAUACACAUGGCUCCUUUCCUUUAUCACAAGGAUACGGGUUAGUGUCAUAUAUCAGACUUGUAAGUGGAAGCCUUUUUUCUCCAGUGUAUCUGAUUUCAGUAGACAGGUUAGAGCAGAAAUGCAUGGUAAUAAAAACAGGUGAUCAGACAUACAUUUGUGACUUUCCAAAUGCACAUGAGAGAGACUAGUCUUGAUCAUAGAUGGUCAUUCUGUAGCUCGCUUUAAGCUGUAGUAAUCUUAAGCACCAGCUACCAGCUAAAACUAUGAUCAGCUGAAGUUUGUCCACAAGUGUGGUCACAUGAUAACAAGUGAUUGUAUAUUGGGGGUGGGUUGGUGGUGGUGGUAAGCCCUGUCUGUUCAAAGAUGAUCUCUUUCUUUGGGUGUGAAUGUUCUCCUUGAUCUUUCUUCGACCAUCCGCUGACUACUGGUCGUUGACUUUGACCCCUUCUAUGGCGUUUAUAUAGUGCCAAACAAAACCCGUGCAUAUAAAAACCAGGUACGCGAGCGGAAAACCAUCCUCGCAAGGGAGCAUUUGUGCUCUGCAAGCGCACAGAACAGUAUCCGCAAGCGGAAAAGCAUCCUUGCGAGGGAGAAUUUGUGCUCCGCGUGCACAAAUGCAGUCCCGCGAGCACGGGGCUGUGACGAGCACUCGCUCGACCCUCCCUACGCGCACGCAACUGCUCGGAGCGCUCGCUCGACCCUCCCUAUGUGCUCGCAACUGCUCAACACUCGCUCGCUUGUCAAGUUGACUUUUGUCACUUUGGAGGUGGGGACAGAAUAGACAGUGGCCAGAGACCAGAGUGGAGAGUGUCUCAGCCAAUCACAGCGUGACAUUGGAGGCCACGGCAGUUUGUCACGCUACGGGGCGGCGUUUUGAGCUAAAGUGGGUAGGAAAUUGUUAGGAUGUGGGUGUUGAAAGUGACCAAUCACAGGAGUGGAGACAUCAGCCACUGUCUGUUCCCCCUCUCGAUGUUUAUAUAUUUUUGUUUCUCUGUUCCUUGUUCUCUCUUUUCUGUGCUGGAGUUCUUUUAAGAGCUUGAUGGCUUCAACAUAUCCAGCCUGAUAUUAAACUUGUCAUUAAUUUGAAUCGUGUC